UUCAAAGCGACAACAGCCGGCGUCGGGAGUGAGGCUAGUCGCAAAACGGGAAGUCCCGCCGUGACGGUAUACGUAUCUAAAAUUUAACCAAUGUUGUUUAAUCGUAGUAUUCACUUCUAUUGUUUUGGGAUACAGGCAGCAAACUUUCAUAAGUUCAGCAAGUCUUACAAAAAAACUUGGAAAUGUGAAGAUUGCAAAUUAGUGAAAAUUGUUAAGAACAACGUAAAUUGGACACAGGAACUGGAAGACGACAGAGAACUGGGUGAGUGUGAACAGAUUAUUAUGACUUCACAUAAUUAUAGUAAAAACGUGGAUAGAACACCAGAUAAUCUAACUUUCACUCCAACGUCACCCUUAAGUAUAACUACCAAAAAUUCUGAAGUAAUUUUACAAGAAGUCAAACUUAUACACUUUGAGUUGAGUAACAUAAAAGAAACAAACAAAGAAAUUCAGAAAUCGAUAGAAUUCUUAGCAAACAAGUUUGACAAAAUGGAAGAGAGAAUUAAUAUUUUAGAGAGAAACUAUGUAACUGUUAUAGAAACAAUGACAGAACUAAAAGAAGAGAAUAAAAGUACAAAGAUAGAAUUAAAUUCUUUAAAAGAAAAAUUCUGCAUGUUGGAGCAGGAUCUAAACAACUCUAGUUUGGAGAUUGUUGGCGUGCCGACACUUCAGAAUGAGAAUUUAACAGAAAUAGCAUAUAAAAUUUUUUCGUUUAUUGACGAUAAUUUUAAUCAAUCAGGUCUAUUGAAUGUCUAUAGAAUUAAAUCCACUAAUAACGAAAGAAAUGAAUUCAAAACUAAAUCGCAACCAAUUAUAGUGAAAUGUGCCAAUUCAGUUGUCAAACAAAAAAUUAUAAAUAAUAUUAAAAAGAAGAAGAUAAAAAUAACUACAAAUGCGUGUCAUAUUAUAAAUGAGGAAUAUAGAAUAUAUAUAAAUGAACAUCUUACUCCAUAUUAUAGAAAUAUUUUCUAUAAAACCAGAAUGUUAAAAAAACAAGGAAAAAUAUUAAACACUUGGACGAAUAACGGAAAUGUGUAUUUAAAAAAGGAUACUUCUUCUCCAACAAUUCGGAUACCAACAUUGGACAGUUUAGAGAAAAUUUUUCGGAAUGAUUGAAUUAUUAACACAUACAAAGAUAGAUGACUUCUCCAAAAAGGGCAUAUUCGUUUUUUAUUGCAACGUAAGAGGCUUAAAUAAUAAAUAUUUAGAAAUACUUAAAACAACCGAGGAAUAUAACUGCAACUUUGAUGUAUUAGCUUUUUGCGAAACUUGGACAAAUGAUGUAAAUCCUCCACCAUAUAUAAAAGACUAUCGGCUA